AGGUGGCAGGGAAAAGAUCAGGACGGCGCAAAGUAAACCAGACCUUUCAAAGGAGCGAUAACCACCUACAGACGAAGCAACAUGUCCGACCCUUUUUGGCUAGAGGAUUACUCUUAUCCAGAGUUUCCCACCGGCUAUCCUGAAAUUGACCCCAAAACGAUGCCCUGCACGCAGAGCGAGAUGAGUCCCUUUGCCCGCCAUUUUGGCCCAGCGGUCUUCUCCGUGGGCUUUGUGGUGGGCUUGCUCGGCAACGGGUUGGUCCUGGCGGUCUUGAGCAGCCAGCGUUGCCCCUGGUUCUUCGCCGACUACCUCCUUUUCCAGUUGGCGGUGGCCGACCUGCUGUUGGCCUUUACACUCCCUUUUUGGGCCACCCAGUUUGCCCAGAACUGGGUGUUUGGAGAAUUCCUUUGCAAACUCGCCGGCGCCCUCUCCACCAUGAACAGCUACAGCACUGUCUUCCUCUUGGCCGCCUUCAGCGUUGAACGUUACCUGGUGAUCAUCCGCGCCGUGCAGGUCCACCGCUGCUUGAAGCCUCUUCACAUCUGCCUGGCCUCCAUUCUCUUGUGGGGAGUAUGUGUGGGUCUGUCUGCUGUGGAACUGCAUUUCCGGACAGUGAGUUACGUCUCCCAAGCUGGGGCGGUCAUCUGUCACCAACAUUUCCAUCCCCAGGAAGCAGAGUCUUGGCGUCUGGCGUUGCGCCUGAUCUCCUUCAUGUUCGGUUUCCUUCUGCCCUUGCUGGUGAUGACGUUCUGUUACUGUCGGAUCUUGAUUCGGCUCCACCAAGCGGGGAUCUCUUGCAAAAACACCCCCUUGUUCCUCCUUCUGGUGAUGUUGCUCCUCUUCCUUCUUUGCUGGGGGCCCUUCCAUGGCUUCCUCCUGGUGGACAGCUUACAACGUCUGGGUCACCUGGCCCGGGACUGCGCCCGGGAAAAAACUCUGGAUUUGGGUCUACUCUUCACACAAAGCUUGGGUCUCCUCCACUCCUGCCUCAACCCGUUGGCCUACGCUUUCGUAGGGGUCAAAUUCCGAAGGGAGCUUUCCAGACUUUUCCACAACUGGGCCGUAUGCAAACGAUGCCAGCAACAUUUCUCCGUUCCUGAAUAUAGUCAAGCCACAGAACAUAGCAAUGUACAAGGAGUGGAUUAUUCCGUUAUGAUGUGACAACUUCCGUGUGGAGGAGAUGUUGGAGGAGAAGUUUUGGAUUCUGUCUGGAUGUUUUCCAUCCAGAACAACUCAUCCUUCUCCCAAAGAACUAGAACAACUAUACAAGAAAACGAGCAACUUUUCCAACCUCGGUCAACAGGGUUGUGUGAUGAAUAUUCUCCAGGUUCAAUUUCUGGUUCUAAAACAUCUGCAUAUCAAGCUGCUUUCAAGAGCAGAGGAACAGGGCUGAGGAAUGAACAUUGGCAACUUGGAGGUUACUAAAUAUGUGCCAGAAAAUGACCUGAGAAAAAGAUCUCGCUCCCUGUCUUCCUUUCUCUCUUUCUUUCUUUCUUUCUUUCUUUCUUUCUUUCUUUCUUUCUUUCUU